ACCAAUGAGUAUAUACCACUACGUAUUAGUUCAGUCAGUCGAUGAAUGGAGGAUAUAAAAUACUCUUGUGCUAAUUGUGACCACAAUUUUUUAAAAUUUGUGUCGACUCCAUCAUCUCGUUUGUUUUUGUGGUGUGUAAUUAAGGCAUGACGACUUUAUACAUUUAAAUUUAUAGUUGUGAAGUUUGACUUGACAAUGGUUGGCGUCGGUGAAAUGUUUUUGCGAAGGUUUCUAUCAACCUUCUUCGGAUAUCUGCUUCUUAUACACAUAGCGGAAUACAUUCCAACCGCGUCUGCAGAAGGCCAUUGCAUCUGGUAUGGCGUAUGUAAAAACGCGACUGAAAAAACGCUAAAUUGCUACUACGAUGGUCCUGCGAAGCCCCUCGAUGAAACAGCACUGCCGAUCAUCAACAAGUAUUGCCCAGAUCUCGCAGCCGGGGGCCUUACUUGCUGCGACAGAGAGCAAUUGCAGAACCUAAACGAUAACAUAAUAAAAGCAGAGAAUAUUCUCUCAAGAUGUCCGUCUUGCCUGGACAACUUCUACAAGCACAUUUGCGCGAUGACCUGCUCGCCGACGCAAAGCGACUUUUUGAUGCCCAAACUAGAACAAUUCAAUUCUACACACAAAAGGGUAGUGGAGCUCAGUUAUCAUCUAAGCGCGACGUACAUGAACAACACGUACAGUUCAUGCGCGAAUGUCCAAAUGCCAUCUACAAACCAGCUCGCCAUGGACCUCAUGUGCGGCGACUACGGUUCCAGUUUCUGUACUCCACAGCACUGGUUCGAUUAUAUGGGCGACAAGGAUACGCCCGCCGUGCCGUUCCAGAUUAAUUACAUCAGCGGAGAUGAACCGGUCGAUGGGUUCACGCCUUACAAUCCACCAACCAAGCCUUGUAACGUCGGCUUGCCUGGCCAGCCGGGCUGCUCGUGCCUGGACUGCCUGGAGUCGUGCCCCGCGCCGCCGCCCGCGCCGCCCGCGCCGCGCCCCUUCAGCAUCCACGGCGCCGACGGGUACGCCGUCAUCAUGGCCAUCGUCUUCCUCAUCUUCACCACGCUGUUCCUCAGCGGCGUCUACUGCUGCAACCAGCAGGAGAACGUUGUCGACUGGGCGGGCGGCGCGCGGCGUGGCGGGCCCGAGACCAGUCCGCUCCACAGCCAUCGCUCCAGCGUCGCUUCAGAAAACAAUCAGGAAAUGGCUACCAAUCCAACAUCAGUUGGUUGGUCUGCAGAUCAGCCGGAUGGUGCUGAGGACGCCACUUUCUUUGAGAAACUAGGCGCAGAGACUGAGACUAAAUUGGAGGAUUUCUUCCAGUGGUGGGGUUGUUUAAUGGCGUCGAAACCUUGGAUUGUCCUAUUCCUGGGUCUUUGUGUAAUUGUCGCCCUCGGCCACGGUAUAAGGUACAUGCAAGUGACUACCAAUCCGGUUGAACUGUGGGCAGCUCCGAACUCCCGUUCCCGUCUCGAGAAGAAAUACUUCGACUCGCACUUCGAGCCUUUCUACAGGACUGAGAUGUUGAUCAUCAGCUCGAAGGGCCUGCCCGAUAUAGAGUAUAACUCGCCGAACGGUAACGUCAUGUCGUUCGGUCCAGUAUUUAACUCCACUUUCCUUUUGAAGGUCCUCGAUUUACAAAAUAGAAUUAUGGCACUGGGCAACACGAGCCGCAUCGAGGACAUUUGCUUCGCGCCGAUGUCAUCCCCCUUCAGCGGGCCCGUGACGGCCGACAACUGCGCCGUGCAGUCCGUGUGGGGGUGGUGGGAGAACGACCCGGACCAGGUCACCGACUACCUCGAGGACAACCAGUACCUCGAGAAGAUUCUCUCCUGCUCCAAGAACCCGUACAGCUGCCUGUCGGUAUGGGGCGGGCCCGUGCUGCCGGGCGUGGCGCUGGGCGGCUUCCUGUCGCCGGCCGAGCCGCUCUCCAAGACCUCGCGCUUCCACCGCGCCACCGCGCUCAUCCUCACCUUCCUCGUCAACAACCACCACGACAAGGAGAAGCUGAAACCGGCUCUCGAAUGGGAGGAGGAGUAUAUCAAAUUCAUGAAAAAUUACACUGAAAACGAAAUGCCCUCGUAUAUGGACAUCGCUUACAGUUCAGAGAGAUCAAUCGAGGACGAGUUAGACAGAGAGUCGAAAUCAGACAUAUCCACCAUACUCGUGUCCUACUUCAUUAUGUUCGCGUACAUCACGAUAUCUCUGGGGAGAUUCACCACGUGCUCCAGGCUACUGAUCGACAGCAAGAUUACACUUGGUCUCGGAGGUGUGCUGAUCGUGCUGGCGUCCGUGGUGUGUUCCAUGGGCAUCUUCGGAUUCUGCGGCGUGGCGGCGACACUCAUCAUCGUCGAGGUCAUCCCGUUCCUGGUGCUGGCGGUGGGCGUGGACAACAUCUUCAUCCUCGUGCAGACCAGCCAGCGAGAGCCGCGCCGACCCGACGAGACCGUGGCGCAGCACAUCGGCAGGACGCUGGGGCAGGUGGGCCCGUCGAUGUUCCUGACGUCGGUGUCGGAGUCGGUGUGCUUCUUCCUGGGCGCGCUGAGCGACAUGCCGGCCGUGCGCGCCUUCGCGCUGUACGCCGGCGCCGCGCUGCUCGUGGACUUCCUGCUGCAGGUCACGUGCUUCGUGGCGCUGCUGGCGCUGGACACGCGCCGCCAGAACGACAACAGGUUCGACGUGCUGUGCUGCGCGGCGGGCACCAAGGCGGACGGCGCGGCGGCGGGCGAGGGCGCGCUGUUCAACCUGUUCCGCUACGUGUACGUGCCCUUCCUCAUGAAGCGCGAGGUGCGCGCCUCCGUCAUGAUCAUCUUCUUCGCCUGGCUCUGCUCGUCCGUCGCGGUGGCUCCGCACAUAGACAUAGGUCUCGACCAGGAGCUCUCCAUGCCGCACGACAGCUUUCAACUGAAGUACUUCAAACAUUUGAACCAAUACUUAAAUAUUGGCCCGCCGGUGUACUUCGUUGUGAUGGAUGGAUUAGAUUAUUCAGACCGAGACGUUCAGAAUAUGGUCUGCGGAACCAGAUACUGUAGGACUGACAGUAUUGCAAUGCAACUGUAUUCGGCGUACCGUACACCGAACCUAACGUACAUCGCUCAGCCACCGAACUCGUGGCUGGACGACUUCUUCGAUUGGGCCGCAUCGUCAGCCUGCUGCAAGUACUUCCCCUCAAACAGCAGCUUCUGUCCCAACGAUUACUCAACGUCCCCACCGUGCCUCAAGUGCGCCAUCCCGCUGGAGGGUCCGGAGCAGCGGCCCAGCUCCACCGACUUCCAGCACUACGUGCCCUUCUUCCUGCAGGACAACCCCGGGUUCUCCUGCGCCAAGGGCGGCCACGCCGCCUACUCGCACGCCGUCAACUACGUCAACAACCGCACGCACACCCGCAUCGGCGCCACGUACUACCAGGGCUACCACACGGUGCUGAAGACGAGCGCGGACUACUACUCGGCGCUGCGCGCGGCGCGCUCGGUGGCCGCCAACCUCAGCGAGACGCUCAACCGAAACCUGCGCGAGGCCGGCAAGAACUCCACCGUCAACGUCUUCCCCUACUCCGUCUUCUACGUCUUCUACGAGCAGUACCUCACCAUGUGGCCCGACACGCUCAAGUCGAUGGGCAUCUCCGUGCUCUCCAUCUUCAUCGUCACCUUCAUUCUGAUGGGCUUCGACCUCUUCUCCGCUCUGGUGGUCGUCAUCACGAUCACGAUGAUCGUCGUCAACCUCGGCGGUCUCAUGUACUGGUGGGGUAUCAGUCUCAACGCCGUGUCGCUGGUUAAUUUGGUGAUGGCGGUGGGCAUCGCGGUGGAGUUCUGCUCGCACCUGGUGCACUCGUUCAGCGUGUCGGGCGGCGGCGGGCGCGUGGCGCGCGCGUCGCACGCGCUGGCCACCAUGGGCUCGUCCGUGCUGUCCGGCAUCACGCUCACCAAGUUCGGCGGCAUCAUCGUGCUCGGCACCGCCAACAGCCAGAUCUUCCAGGUGUUCUACUUCCGCAUGUACUUGGGCAUCGUGUUGUUCGGCGCGGCUCACGGUCUCAUAUUCCUGCCCGUCAUGCUCAGUUAUAUCGGGUCGCCGGUCAACAAGCAGAAGCUGGCGCGGCAGUUGCUGCGCGGCAAGGAGGCGGUCGCGGAGACGUCGCUCACGCGAGUAAGCGCGCCAACACACCGACACUAUAACUUUGACACGCUACUCGCGUGAACGCUUGCACGCACGAGACUGGACCUUCACGUCCGGGGACUUUGACUAGACUUUGAUUCAGCAAACUUAAAAAAUAUAUCGAUACAAUCGUUAGAUUUUUUUUUUUUUUUAAUCGUCAGUUUUGAGCAGCUGUCGAUUAUUGUAUUAUUGAUUUUAUUGUAUGUUUAAAAAAAAAAGAGAAUUAAGUCAAAUGCCCUGUCGUUUUAAAAACUCCGUUCGAUUCAGAGUCGUAAUCGGCGGAACCGUUUCCGAUUGUCCAUUCAUUUCGCGUCUCGCUCACUUGUUCGAUAUUCAAUCGAAAUCGUCUCUGUUGUGGAUUUACGAUUGAUUAUUGAUAUGAUGGUUAGGAGGUAGCUUGCACGAUUAUCUUUGUACUGCAGAAGUGAUGAGUAAGUUAUAAGAAAUGAGAUUUUAACAUAAGCUUCGCUACUAUCGGUACGUAAUGAUGUUAAAAUUUUGUUUCCUCAAUUUUGAAUGGAACAAUAGUGACGUGCAAAGUUCAAUCUCGUUUCGAUCACUAACUUAUCGAUAUUUUUUAUUUGUAAACAAAACUGGUUGAGUGUCACAGCAACAUUGCAAAUUUAUUUAAACAGCUGUCGAACUUAGUCACUUGUGUUUUUGCGACAUUUAGCAACUUUCGGUUGUAUUUUGAAGUAAUAGGUAUUUAAUGAUGGAAAGUUGAAUUUGUCGCAUUGACCUGUACACGGGAAUUUGGUACUCCCUUUCUUGAUAAUAAUAUUAUUAGCAUUUAUAUGUAAAGGAGAUUUGCAAUCGACUAGAUAAUGUCGUUGAUUUUUAUUGAAAUUAUAUAAAUAGAUGAUGUAAAGUAUACAAUGUGAGAUUUUUGAUUAGAAGAUUCGUGUCGCAUUGCAAUGUUCCUUAAAGGGUUCGGUUCUAACCACUGGUUGGUUGAAGGGACCUGUAGAAUAUUAAUUUUCCUUCAAAUUUGCAUGUUUCGUAUUUCAUGUUUAGAUGUAUAUUGACAUUAGUCAUUCCUAAUAUUUCGAAUUUAAUUAUUUUGAUAAUGUUAUUUAUCGAUACAUCUGCGUGUACGUCUCUACAAUCGCAUUUGAACGUAGUAGCGUCGUGUCCAUGUCCUCGAGUUCGCGAUGUGUACUUAAAUCGAUACACCUAAAGGGACGCGCGGAUUAAUUCGAAUAUUCAUAGUAUAUAUUAUUAUAUUUGUACGUAGAUAAAUCGCGUUUUAUAAUAUACUUCAUAAUAUAUUGCACAAGGCUUUAAUUUCGUUGAUAAUUACGCAAAUAUAAUUUUCAUGAUUAUUAUUUUCUGCGCUUCGACGCUUUAUUUUCUUUUA